AAGAGCAUAACAUUACUUAUCUAUAUAACUACUCACCACAGCCAGAGACAUUUGUAUCAAACAAACAAAAAAAUGGAGAACAAAUCAAUCUUGUUCGUUUUAGCUCUCUUUUUAUGCAGCAUCACAGUUCCAGUGAAUUCUGAAUACCAUUCAGAAGGAAGCCUAAAGAAACUUCAUCUGAAAGAGAAAGUAACGCAUCUUCAUUUCUACCUCUUUGAUAUUCUGAGUGGAAAAGAGCCUGGUGCAGUACAAAUCGCACAACCAAACAUCACCCUUGGAUCAUCAAAAUCAGCAACACCUUUCGGCCAUCUCUACGCCAUCGACGAUCCUCUAAGAGAUGGUCCAAAUGAAAGCUCUAAAGUGAUUGGAAAUGCGCAGGGUCUGUAUUUAUCUUCGAGUAAAAGUGAAAAUCUGACUCUUGUUAUGUACGCUGAUUUUGGUUUUACGACAGGGAAGUUUAAGGGAAGUUCUUUGAGUGUUUUUUCGAGGAAUCCUGUUACUGAACCAAAAGCCCGUGAAUUGGCUGUUGUUGGUGGAAGAGGGAAGUUUAGAUUGGCAAGAGGAUAUGCCAAAGUUAACACACAUUUCUUGGAUUUCAAAAAUGGUGAUGCCAUUCUUGAGUAUCAUGUUACUGUGCUUCACUACUAGUCCUAUGUUGUUAUUUUGUUUUUACUUUUAAAAUAAGGGAAAUUAAUAUAUACAUUGUUUCCAUCCACAA